AUGUUAACAACUGGGCUGUUGGACCCAAUGAACAUGUCAGCCUACCUGGCAUACGGCCAGUUGCUAACCGAUCUUUGUGACAGCAUGUUAGAAGAACGCACUAGUUUUAUGAAACACUUGGAGUCUGAACGUUUUGAUUUAGUAAUUUUGGAAGAUGUCUCAUUAUGUGGUUCAAUGAUUGCAAAGAUGCUAGACCUUCCAUUCAUUUACACUAGUUUGUCCAAUACUAUAUUAGAUGUUCAACGCUACGUGCUUUUCCAACUUUCAUAUAUCCCUGUCAUGGCUACAGGUAUGACCAUACCAAUGAGUUUCAUCGAGAGAGUUCACAAUACUCUACUGGGCAUUGUUGAUUCUUUGAUAUAUCGGUAUAUGUUUAUAUGGAAUGUUCAUGCACUGAAUCUAAAACAUGGAGUUAUAGCAGACAACAAUUAUUAUGAAAUACAAGAUGCCGAACUUAUUUUAUGGAACAAAGAUUUUAUCCUUGAUUUUCCGCGUCCCUUUUCAACGAAUGUUGUGCCAUAUGGUGCACUUACAGUCAAACCGGCGAUGCCACUUGAGCAGACAGUGGUAUUCAUAAACCAUGCAGGUACCAAUGGUAUAUAUGAAGCAAUUUACCAUGGCGUUCCCAUGGUGAAUAUACCAUUAGGCGCUGAUCACUUUGAUAACGCUGCCAAAGUACAGAAUAAAGGCAUGGGAAAGACAGUUUUUUACAGUGACAUAACUGAGGAAAGUCUUUACCAAACAAUCAUGGAGGUUGUUAAUAAUAACACGUACAAAUUAAAUACGAUGUAUUUUUCAAAACUGUACAAAGACAAGCCAAUGAACGCGUCAGAGACCGUUGCUUACUGGGUAAACUAUGUUUUCAAGUAUGGUGGGAAGCAUUUGAACAGCAAUGCCAAAGAUAUGUCAUUCAUACAAUACUACCUGAUUGAUAUAAUACUGCUCCUUUCAGUCUUAUCUGGUAUAAUUCUACUAAUUAUUGUACAGAGUUGUUCCAUGCGAUCAUUUCUCUCAUCAAAGAAGAUUAUAGAAGCAUUAGGCAGAAUUUAG